CGAGUUUCAUUCUUUUUAAGUGUUUACUUUUUUUUCACUCACAGCCUGGCAUGAGGCAGAAAUUGGAGCAGAUUGCCCAAGAACUUGACUGGAUUGAAAGAAUGGACGUCACUAUUGCAAGAGAGCAGGAAGACAAAAAUGAAAGUCUGAAGACAGCUGCAAUGUCUACACUCAACAGUGAGAAAAGUAUCCAUGAUGACUUCCAAAGAGAAAUGAGAUUUUACAAGCAAGCUCAAGCUGCAGUUAAUGAAGCACUUCCUAAACUAAACAAACUUGGGAUACCAACCAAACGGCCAGAUGACUACUUCGCAGAAAUGGUGAAAACAGAUGACCACAUGCAAAGGGUAAGGGCAAAGUUGCUGAGUAAGCAGCAAGCUAUGGAGAGAUCAGAGAAGGCAAAGAAACAGCGAGAGAUGAAGAAAUAUGGCAAAAAGGUUCAGCAAGAGGUCUUACAAAAGAGGCAGAAAGAAAAGAGAGAGAUGAUGGAAGCUGUAAAAAGCUAUAAGAAAAGAGGUAAGAAAACUCCAUUAAGUUCAGCAACAUUAACUGGAGGUGAAGAUGAAUUUCAAAUACAGGCUGAGAAAGGCUCCUCGACCAGCAACAAGGGAAAAGUCAUUAAACGUGGAAAAAGCGGAAAGAGAAAAAGGAAGGAUGCAAAGUUUGGUUUUGGAGGAGUCAAGAAAGGAAUAAAGCGGAAUUCUUCGCAAAGCUUCUCAGACGUGAGCUCUUUCAGUUCAGCAAAGCACAGCAAAGCACCAAGAGCAAAGUCAGGGAAUGUUGGUAAAAAGAGGAAAAACGUUAGACCUGGAAAAUCGCGGAGGAAACAAAUGAAGAAAUAGGAAUACACUCGCUUGUGGAUUUAGUCAUUUGAAAUUUAUUGUGCUCAGCUGUUUCUGAUUCUACCUAAGCAAGAAUUCAGCUUGAGACCAUGACAAAACGGUUGCAAACCUUGCCAGAUUUACACUGUUGAACCCUUGCUCGCUAUGGAUAGAACAAAAGUAGCAACAGCAAUUUUGAGCGUCGAAUAUUGUUAAUAUAUUUGACCCAAUAAAACUAUCAAUACUUUAAAUGAACUAGAAACGUUAAUAAACGCAUUGUUCGACACUUCACAAUUCACACUGGAGUUUCAGUGUGUGUUCGUCAUUUUCAGUAUGUGUAAUGAAGAAAGGCCGCCUCAUUUUAAUUCAAAGUUACAAUUUUUACCAGAGGUAACUCGAAAUGGGCUCCGAGGGGUCCCAUAUAUACGAGUGAUUUUCUAACUUUUCUUCGAAAGAAGCGUUUUAAGGGAGUGAGAAGGCCAGCGGUCCCCUCCUAAUUUCAGCAGUGCAUUAAAUUAAUCGACUUUAGGUUGGGGGCUAAUCGACUCCUGUUUGGGGGCUAAUCGACUUGGCUGCUAAACGACCGGUUAGCGACUCUAAAGAAAGCUUAAGCGUUGAGAAUAAGACAUUACAUGAAUUUCGAAAAAACAUGGAAUUAAAAUCAGUACUACACUUGCGUUAUUGAACUAGCGUGAGGUCCGCAUUGGGGAAAUAUUGGACCGAGUCGCAGGCGAUACUGCUCAUAUGUUAGGCCUAGGGCAAACGUCGAAUUUUAGUCGAACUUAAUUCGUCGAACCUAUUAAUUUUGAAAUAGGCGCAUGAAUGGUGCGACGUUUGCCGCAAAUAAGUUCGACUCAAAUUAAUUGGUUCGACUCUAGCAGAAGUUCGACUUACCAAGUCGGACAAUGCGACAGUGGUGCGGCGUUUUAGCAAACGCCGUUCUUAACACACGGUGAACACAAUUCACGAAUCAUGCAAAUUGCAAAAUAGUUGAUUCAAAAUGUGAUGGAAUGGGCAAACGUUUAAAAAAUACAUACUCCCCCAUCUGCCAAAUGCUAUUUCCCCCUGACGAGCAUGCGCUGUACAAAGACGAUUUCGCGACCGACUUCGCGGCCGGAAAUGGCGAGCUAUGACCGCUGCUCAAGACCGCCCGCGCUCAAGACCGCUGCUCCAUUGUUGUUCGCUAACAAAAGCACGGUCAAAAGAGCCACUUGGAGCAAUAGCUGUCGUCUCUGAUACACUGUUCUCAGAGCUGUAUGUAAUGCGAGUCUUCUCUUUCUAUUUUUCCCAAUUAACUGCCAAAGUAAAGCCCCACGAGCACUGUAUUUCAGCAUUUCGCUUGCAAGUCCCUGCAGUAACUAGCCGCGCAUGGAAUAAAUAGCAUGGGAACACGCGCUUAUUCCAGUGUUUUAAUGAAAUGCAACUUGUGAAAUAGGAUCGACGCAGGUUCGACGUUUGUUACACGCUGGAAUUAAGUCGACUCUUUGUCGCACCUAUUUUUAAUUUAUUCGACGCGACUUGGAUUCGACGUUUGCCCUAGGCCUUAGUGAACUAGCUUGAGGUCUGUAUAGGAGAAAUAUAGUACUGCGACUCGGUCCAUAAAUUUAGGGUAAAGAUCUUGCCGAGAAAUGGUUGGUUACUUUGUAAACUUCGUCUGCCACAAGAAGAGAUCUCUGCCGGAAAUAAUAAUUUUAAAAAAAUCGGGAAACUAAUAUGCUUACGCCUGGGGGAGGAGAUUAAGACAGGAAUCGGAUAAAAAAUAAACCACGAAACCUUUUUAAUUAUUUUUUUGGAAAAUAGGAGUACAUAGCUAAAUGUUAAUCAGCAUUCACUUGGAUCGGAAUUCAUAGAGCACUUUGAACUCAUAGACCACUUUGAUUCGAACAGCGGCUGAUAGUCAAGUCUAUGCAAAACCCUGACAUAAACUUCAUGAAAUUUCUACCAAAAAGUUUUCACAUAAUAUACGGCUGUUAUCUUCGACUGGUCAACAUUGAAGUCAUUUUAAAAAGAAAUCGGAACAGAAAUGUUAUGUGAAAGAACGAGAAAUUGGCACAAUGGACGAGCAGAGACUGGGCAGAGCUAGUACCAGUCCUUUAUAUUGCCUUAGUCAUUUGGGUCAUAAAUGAUGCAACUAAAACACAUUCAAAUGAAGUAAGUGACUUCAUAUCCCACCCAACCAAUCUUGUUUUGAGACGUAUUCUUCGAUUGUUUUU